AUGCCGAAGCUCCAAGGGUUCGGACGCUUCCAGUCCUCUGCAGCGCUGCACAUACGUAUACAUACGUAUGCACAUAUAUAUACAUUGAUUCAAUUGUUUUUCUUUCAGGCUGCCCUGCCGAAAGCUACAGUGUUGGAUUUGUCCUGUAACAACCUCAUUUCCCUGCCGUCGGACUUCUGUAGUUUGCUGCAUCUGGUGAAACUGGAUUUGAGUAAAAAUCGGCUCCAACAACUGCCCUUGGACUUUGGCCGGCUGGUCAAUCUGCAGCACCUGGACCUUCUGAACAACCGUUUAGUCACCCUGCCAGUCAGCUUUGCACAGCUCAAGAACCUGAAGUGGCUGGAUUUGAAGGACAAUCCCCUGGAUCCUGUUCUGGCUAAAGUAGCAGGAGACUGUCUGGAUGAGAAGCAGUGUAAACAGGCUGCUGUCAGGGUCCUGCAGCAUAUGAGAGCAAUCCAGUCUGAGCAGGAUCGGAAAAGGCAACAGAAGCUCCAAGCAGAGCGAGAAAUGGAGAAGAAACGUGAAGCAGAACAGCGAGCAAGGGAGGCUCAACAGAGGGAACUGCGGAAGCGAGAGAAGGCAGAAGAAAAGGAACGCAGAAGACGAGAGUAUGAUGCUCAGAGAGCUGCAAAGCAGGAGAUGGAAAAGCAAACUAAAAAAGAAACUGUUCAGACUCGAAAGUCGCCCUCCAAGUCCCGUCCACCUCAACCACCGAGGAACAAGCACUCCUGGUCGCGCUCGGUGUUGAGAGUCCUGCUCUUUGUGCUGGUCUGCAUCCUCUGUGCUUUGGCAGUCUGCAAGCUGACGGAGCUGCAGCAUCAACCUCUCUGCAUCAGUGUGAACACUCUCUAUGAGGAUGUGGUAGCUGCUCUGCAAAACCACAAAAGCCUGCAAAAUUUGCUCCACCAGAACUCGCAGCAGUGAUUCUCCUGGAUGGGCGCUUGCUUUGUCAGCAUCUCCUUCCACCAUCUACGCAGCCAGAAUUCCUAUGGAAUUGUGUUCUGAUGAAACUGCUUUUAAUCAGUCAGCAUUGAUUUGCUGGUCCACUCCGCACAGAGCAGAAUUGCUGUUCAGAUCAUCUUUGCUGUGCAUGUUUCUCAGCUGGCCAGUAAUUCCCAGUGUUUGCCUGCAUUAACUUAAACUUGUUAACAGUUGUUUCCUC